CUCAGUCCCUACCCUUCUCUCUCUCUCUCUCUCUCUCUCUCUCUCUCUCUCUCAGCUCAUGCUUCUCUCGAUUGGUUUUUUUAUACAAUUUCGAUUCUAGGAUCUGUAAUUGAAAACCCAUCUUCUCCAAAUUGGAUUUUCCUCUCUCUACGGCCGCCCGCUCUCUCUCUCUCUCUACCUCUGUAUCUGUGUUCUCCUCUUCAUCUUGGGAUGGGUUGCAUUGAGAAUCAAUUACAGUUUCUUGGGGUUGUAUGCAUUGAGUUUUAUUGUUGUUUAAAACCAAUAUCAGAUUUUCAUUCCUGCUCUUUGUUUUGAAUCUCUUUUCGCCUUUCUUCGUUUGUUUUUCAUCAGAUACUCUGUUUUCUCAAGAACCCAAUUUUGUUUUGAGCUUUUACAUCUUUAUUCUCACUUUCCCUUCAUAGAUUUGAAUCUGAUACUUACAAUUCAUAUCUAUUUCCCGUCUUAGAAUUCAAUACCUGAUUCGAGAGCGGGUGGCUAAUAGGAUUUUCCCUUCUUUUAAUUUCUUCUUUUAAUUGAGAUUUUUGGAGAAGCGAUGGCAGAGUCUACAAGCGGCAGCCGUAGAGAUGGGCAGAGACAGAAAGGGAAGGAUCCGAGAGAGUUAGAGCUUGCGGGGAGGCGGCAAUGGAAGCCGGUUUUUGAAGAGUCUUCCUUGUCUCCAAGGCCUCUCAAGAAGAUCCGAAGCCCCGACCGUCAAGAACCGUCGCAUUUCUCAGCUUCAUCUGUAGGCCAUGGAGCCUCCCCUCUUUCAAUUUCACCCUCUUCUUCUACCAUUCCUACGACCGCUACAGCUGCGACUGCAGCCAAUUCAAGGCCAAUUUUCCCUUUUGCCACUGAUGGGUCCCAGCCGAUCAACAUUCCACAUCAAUUCAUGACAACGCCGAUGCCCCUCUUUCAUCCACAGCAGCAGCAGCAGCAACAAAUGAUCUCUUUUGCGCACCGCCAGCAACACGAAAUGGCCUACCCACCGCCGCCUUUCUUUCUUGGAAAUGGACAGGUGCCAACCAAGGCUCAGCAAGAGCAGCUCCUUCGCUACUGGAGCGACGCACUCAACCUCAGUCCCCGUGGCCACAUGAUGAUGAUGAGCAGGAUGGGGCAGGACUGGCGAUCAAUGGCCAUGUUUCGUCCUCCCACUUCAACCAAGCUCUAUCGAGGAGUAAGGCAGCGCCACUGGGGGAAAUGGGUGGCGGAGAUUCGUCUACCUCGCAAUCGGACUCGUCUCUGGCUUGGGACGUUCGACACUGCCGAGGACGCGGCCCUCGCAUAUGACCGUGAGGCCUUCAAGCUGAGAGGUGAGAACGCCCGUCUCAAUUUCCCUCAUCUCUUCCUCGGCCGAGAUAAGAAUAAGGACUCUGGCUCUUCGUCGUCUUCGAAUCCUACUCCCGACAGUUCACACUCCCAACCCCAGCAAGCUCCUUAUGGCAUUGACCUGAUGGCCCAGCCGACUGAAGCUGGCGAGCCCCGAUUGGAAGAUGGUGAUCACUAUAAGCCCCUCAUUCAGGGCGAUUCGCCAUCAGACGAAUCAGGCUCAGGCGAGGUUACGUUAGAUGAACCUCAGCCUGCAGUGCCGGCUGUCACAGCUCAAGGCCUUCCGGAAUCCACCCAAGAAUUAGUAUGGGGGGACAUGGAAGAGGCCUGGUUCAAUGCCAUACCAGCUGCAUGGGGUCCAGGAAGCCCCGUCUGGGAUGAUCUCGAUACGACCAACCUGCUUCAGUCCAAUUUCCCACACUACCAUCCAAUUGCCCCAAAACCAGAGAUGGAUUGCUCCUCCAAUACGCAAAUGUCACAGCAGGAUAUGGCUGCAGCUGCAAUUGCUAGCUCCUCGACUUCCACCGCUACUGGUUCGGCUUCGGCUUCCCCAACCAUGAAGAUGUUCUCAUGGAGGGAUUGAUUCCAGUGAGGAAACAUGACCCAAGAACCAUUUUCCUUAGAAAGCUUCUCAGCUUUUGGGAUUAGGAACAAUGGGUCUCUCUCUCUCUCUCUCUCUCUCUCUCUCUCUCUCUCUCUGACUUAAGAUUUCACAGGCUGCAGAUUCUUUGGGCCAGCUUUGUGACUUCUUAUGGGAGUCUUAUUACACUUAGGAAAGAGAGUUUUCUUAGGAAAUAUAAUCAUUUUCAUUUCCUUUGAAAUUCUCUUCCUUUUGAUUCCUACGGUUUCUUUUCUUGCAUUUUUCUCAUAAUCCGCGUCUGCGUCAUUAUGCUCUUUCAUGCAUUUCUUGUCAUUCUUGCCUUUUCUUCUCUCGCAUUUUUCUCGUCUUUCCGUCCUGUCGGUAGGCUGGCGCUUAUUUUUUCUUCUGCUUCAGCCUUUCUCGUUCGUAUUUCAAGUCAGUACUGGUACAACCCAUCUGAAAAUUCCCCAUAUUGGAGUAGGGAAUUUGGGUUUUUUCUUCUCUUCUUCUUUUUUACUUCUUCCAUGUAUUGUAUACUAUCAAGUAGUUGUAGUUGAGACAGACAUGUAAUAGUAGAUUAGUUUGUACAAAGGGGGAAUGUGUGGUGGAGACGGUUUUGUGAUCUCCAUCGUCCAUCCCAAUUGCUCGCAUAUUCCUAUGUGGGUAAGGACUUUGCGUACGUCAGCUGUUUUAUUCCUCUUUGGAUGAAAUCUAGUAGAAGCAUCUUUUUCUGUUUUUA